AUGGAAGACGGAAAGAACGCGAACCCUUUGGUUCUCAACCCAUCCGAUCUUCCAACCCGAAAACGGCGGGCAUCAGUCCGAGAUGACCGUACUCUCGGCCAUUCGACCUUUGCAUACCCUGCGCCAUCAUUUGCGGUCGACCCUUUCACACGUCCGGCCAGUCCGUCAUCCCUCGAGCCAAGUGACAGCGACGCUGAAGAAGAGCCCAUUGAUGCCCAGGAGAUUUACGACUUGAUAGCCACCAUGUCGGAUCCUGAACAUCCCAUUACUCUUGGCUCCUUGGCUGUCGUUUCUCUUCCCGACAUCUCCAUCAAGCCCACCAUUCCGAACCGUCCGAACUCGAAUCUCCAGACGGUCACUGUCCUGAUCACCCCUACAAUUCAGCAUUGCAGUUUAGCCACCGUCAUAGGGCUGGGAGUGCGGGUCCGGCUAGAAGAGUCACUUCCACCGAGAUUCAGGGUUGACGUCAGGAUCAAAGAGGGCACACAUUCAACCGCGGAUGAAGUCAACAAACAACUAGCGGAUAAGGAGAGAGUGGCUGCAGCGUUGUGGAACCCUACUCUACAGAGUUUCAUCAAGAAAAUGCUCGAGACCUGCGAGUGA